AUGCCACAAUUAAACCCCGCCCCAUGAUUUGCAAUUCUUGUAUUCUCGUGACUAAUCUUCCUAACAGUAAUUCCUAACAAAGUUUUAAAUCACACCUUUACAAAUGAAGUUACAGCUCUCAAUGCUGAAGAGCUUAAAUCAGACACCUGAAACUGACCAUGGCACUAA